CCUGCAAUCAUUCUAUCUGUUACUAUAUAUUUGCUCGAAAUGCGCCCAUUCAGCCGAGACGAAUUUGCCAUCGCGAUUAUCUGCGCACUGACCCUCGAGGCGGAGGCUGUCGAAGAACUUUUCGAUGAAACCUAUGACAGAUUUGGGGCACUCUACAAAAAGCAACCAGGAGACGACAAUGCAUACAUCAACGGGAGGGUCGGGGAUCAUAACGUGGUCCUAUGCUACAUGCCAGGCAUGGGGAAAGGAAAUGCUGCCAGUGUGGCAUCAAGUAUGAAAAUCAGCUACAAAAGGAUCCAAGUAGCACUGGUUGUUGGUAUUUGUGGAGGUGCCCCAUUUCCGUUGUCCGGUAGAGAGAUAUUCCUAGGGGAUGUCAUCAUAAGCGAUGCAGUGAUUGAAUAUGACUUCGGCAGGCAGUACGCGGGAGGGUUUGAACGCAAGACAGGUGUGAAGGACACCCUCGGAAGGCCAAACCGAGAGAUUCGAUCAAAACUAGCAGGCCUCAAGGCGAAAAGAUCCCUCAUAGAUCUUCAAGCUAAGAUGCUUCGGCAUAUGCAAGCGAUCCAGAAAUCACAACCCGAUUGGCAUCACCCAAGUUCUGCCGAUGAUGUCUUAUUUGAAGCAUCGUAUCAACACAAGCACCACGAUAUCACUGCAUCUCCUAAAUGUUGCUGUUUUGCUGCCACGCCUGAUGACAUCUGCAAAGAAGCUCUAGACACAAGCUGUACCCAUUUAGGCUGUGACAAGGACCAUAUACGUCGACGCCGACAUGGCACAGAAAACUACAACCCAGUCAUUCAUAUUGGCACAGUCGCAUCCGCCGAUACCGUGAUGAAAUCCGGUGAGCACCGUGAUCGCUUGAUCAAGUCAGAACACGUUAUUGGAUUUGAGAUGGAGGGUGCAGGAAUUUGGGACAACAUUUCAUGUAUCAUCAUCAAAGGGGUAUGUGACUAUGCAGACAGCCAUAAGAAUAAAGAAUGGCAGGCCUAUGCCGCUGCAACUGGAGCUGCAACUGCAAAAGCUUUCUUGGAAUAUUGGGAGCCCAUGGUUGUCGAGGACAAAUCCAAUCAAUUUCAUAUCCCACUAGACCUCGCGGCAGUUCCAGCAAUUGAGGAUUUUGUUGGAAGGGAAGAUGAUCUAAAGUGUUUGUGGGAUAAUUUACAACCAGCAAGAUCACGGACACGAAAGGUUGCCGUUCUCCAUGGUCUUGGCGGAAUAGGGAAAACUCAGCUAGCAAUCCGCUUUGCACGAAUGCAUCAAGAUGAUUUUACAGCAAUCUUUUGGCUCAGCGGCAGGUAUCGAUCUGAAUUGGUGUCAGGUUUGAGUUCUUGCUUGCCUCGGAUACAGAAUCAGCAUGUGGACGAUGAGGCAAUCAGCGAAGUGGAGGCGGAACAAAGAGCACAACAAGUACUCCGGUGGCUAGCAAUGCCAGGCAACACAAGAUGGUUGAUCGUCUUUGACAAUAUUGACCAAUAUUCUUCACUUCCAAACGACAAUGAUCAAGGAUAUGACAUCUGUGAAUUCUUUCCCAAAGUCGAUCAUGGGUCAAUAAUAAUCACUUCCCGGCUUCAGAGAUUCAUUGAAGUAGGAAAGUCAUUUCCCGUUCAAAAACUUACACAAAGUGAUGCUAUGCAUCUUUUGCGGCAAAGCAGCGGCAUUUUAGCCCAAGAUAACGCGCCGGUGGACACUGAACAAGAUGUAACUGCGCUUACGAACCAUCUGGAUGGGCUCUCGCUGGCAAUCGUGCUUGCUGGGGCCUUCAUGCGUCAAACUGGGACCAGUAUCAAGGAAUAUUUACAAUUCUACAAGGAGGACUGGUCAAAUUUACAGUCUGAAUCUGAACCCACGCGUCACUACCGGCAGGGAAAUAUACUACAGACAUGGAUGAUCACAUACCAUGAGAUGAAAAAGCGGUGGCCAAAUUCAGCGAAAUUGCUCAUGCUACUUGCCCAAUUUGACAAUCAAGACAUCUGGUAUGAAUUGAUCCGAAAUGGGUGUCAUAAAUCAGAUGCCCCACUGUGGCUUGAAGAGAUUGCAUCAAAUCCAUCCAGCUUCAGAGGUAGUGUGAAAAUACUUCUUGAGUUCUCCCUUCUUGAAAGCAAGCGACAAGGAAGCUACACAAUGCAUCCAGUGGUACAGGACUGGUGCGUUCACGUCUCGGGCACAGACGAGGACAUGAUUUCACUUCAGCUGAGUGAAAUCGCACUAAUAUCUGUCGGAUACACUGUCCCGACGGCAGAAGAGAGAGACUACGAUCAGCUUCAACGACGGCUUCUGCCGCAAUGCAAUUAUGUUGCUCAUAGGCAAUAUAUAAAUAAGAGCAUUUGGCUAUGGGGUGGAUUCCAUGGCCUUGGUCUGCUCUACCGUAAUUUGGGGAAGCUGAAGGAGGCAGAGAAGAUGUACCAGCGAGCGCUGGCAGGCCGUGAGGAGGCACUUGGCCCAGAUCAUACAUCUACUCUCAACACAGUACAUAGCCUUGGUGUGCUCUACUCUGAUCAGGGGAAGCUGAAGGAGGCAGAAGAGAUGUACCAGCGAGCACUGGUAGGCUAUGAAGUGGCACUUGGCCCAGACCAUCAAUCUACUCUCAGCACAGUACAUAACCUUGGUCUGCUCUACUCUAAUCAGGGGAAGCUGAAGGAGGCAGAGGAGAUGUGCCAGCGAGCACUGGUAGGCUAUGAAGACGCACUUGGCCCAGACCAUCCAUCUACUCUCAACACAGUACAGAACCUUGGUCUGCUCUACUCUGAUCAGGGGAAGUUGAAGGAGGCAGAGGAGAUGUACCAGCGAGCAUUGGCAGGCUAUGAAGAGGCACUUGGCCCAGACCAUCCAUCUACUCUCAGCACAGUACAUAACCUUGGUGUGCUCUACUAUAAACAGGGGAAGCCGAAGGAGGCAGAGGAGAUGUACCAGCGAGCACUGGCAGGCUAUGAAGAGGCACUUGGCCCAGACCAUCCAUCUACUCUCAGCACAGUACAUAACCUUGGUCUGCUCUACUAUAAACAGGGGAAGCCGAAGGUGGCAGAGGAGAUGUGCCAGCGAGCACUGACAGGCCGUGAAAAGGCACUUGGCCCAGACCAUCCAUCUACUCUCGGCACAGUACAUAACCUUGGUGUGCUCUACUCUGAUCAGGGGAAGCUGAAGGAGGCAGAGGAGAUGUACCAGCGAGCACUGGCAGGCUAUGAAGAGGCACUUGGCCCAGACCAUCCAUCUACUCUCAACACAGUAUAUAACCUUGGUGUGCUCUACUCUGAUCAGGGGAAGCUGAAGGAGGCAGAGGAGAUGUACCAGCGAGCACUGGCAGGCUAUGAAGAGGCACUUGGCCCAGACCAUCCAUCUACUCUCAACACAGUACAUAACCUUGGUGUGCUCUACUCUGAUCAGGGGAAGCUGAAGGAGGCAGAGGAGAUGUACCAGCGAGCACUGGCAGGCUAUGAAGAGGCACUUGGCCCAGACCAUCCAUCCACUCUCAACACAGUACAUAACCUUGGUGUACUCUACUCUGAUCAGGGGAAGUUGAAGGAGGCAGAGAGGAUGUACCAACGAACAGCAGGGAAGGGGAAA